UCAGGCAUGGCACUGCAUUUCUUUUGACAAGCCUUACUCAUUGCCUACGUUGAAAACUCAGUUUCCCAGGUCUCCUUAGUGCGGGGGACGGUUUGUUUUACUCCGUGACGCACUACACACAGCGGUGUUACUUGGGCAUGGGAAAAUGGCGAGUUUGGAGGCAGCGGCGGAGAAUGAACGGAUCCUACGGGAAAUCGAGAGUACUGAUAGCAACUGCAUCGGACCUACCCUUAGGUCGGUGUACGACGGGCAGGAACAUGGGCACUUCAUGGAGAAGCUGGAGGGGCGGAUCCGCAACCACGACCGUGACAUCGAGAAGAUGUGCAACUUCCACUACCAGGGCUUCGUGGACUCCAUCACUGAGCUGCUCAAAGUGAGGGGUGAGGCCCAGAAACUCAAGAGCCAGGUGACGGAUACCAACAGCAAACUGCAGGAUGCGGGGAAGGAGCUGGUGAAUUCGAUGGAAGAGCUGAAGCAGUGCCGGUUACAGCAAAGAAACAUCGCAGCUACUGUCGACAAGCUCAGCCUCUGUCUCCCAGUCCUAGAGAUGUACAAUAAGCUGCAAGAGCAGAUGCAAGCCAGAAGACACUACCCGGCACUGAAGACCUUGGAGCAGCUGGAACUCAUUUACCUGCCGCGUGCCAGCCAGUACCGAUUCUGCAAGAUCAUGAGCGAGAACAUCCCGAAACUGCGCUCUGAGAUCAAGGACCUGUCCAUGUCCGACCUCAAGGACUUCCUGGAGAGUAUCCGGAAACACUCGGAGAAGAUCGGGGAGACCGCCAUGAAACAGGCCCAGCAGCAGAGGAGUCUGGACAGUAUCGUUUCUAAUCAGCAGAGGGCAGGCAGCGCGAGGCGGGCCAGGAAAGAGGCUGGGCUGGGCACAGAGCUGGAGGGGGACAGCAGCAGCCCCAUGUCUGAACAGGACUCUGGGAUACUGGAUGUGGAGGACGAGGAGGACGAGGAGGUGCUUGGUGCCCAGGAUCUAGUGGACUUUUCCCCUGUGUACCGGUGUUUGCACAUUUACACUGUACUGGGAGCCAGAGACACCUUUGAGAACUACUACCGGAAGCAGAGGAGGAAGCAAGCUCGGUUAGUGCUGCAGCCGCACUCCAACAUGCAUGAAACUUUAGAAGGGUACAGGAAGUAUUUUAAUCAAAUUGUGGGGUUCUUUGUUGUGGAGGAUCACAUCUUGCACACGACGCAGGGCUUGGUGAACCGGGCUUACGUAGACGAGCUCUGGGACCUGGCCCUCUCCAAAACCAUCGCCGCACUGCGGACACACUCGUCGUACUGCACCGACCCCAAUCUGGUCCUGGAUCUGAAGAACCUGAUUGUUCUCUUUGCGGACACGCUACAGGGCUUUGGGUUCCCAGUGAAUCAGCUCUUUGACAUGCUGCUGGAAAUCCGGGAUCAGUACAGUGAGAUUCUGCUCAAGAAGUGGACUGUGGUCUUCCGGCAAAUCUUAGAUCAGGAUAACUACAGCCCCAUUCCUGUUGUGAGUGAGGAGGUGUACAGGAAGACUGCUGGACAGUUCCCUUUCCAGGACCCAGAGCUGGAAAAGCUCCCUUUCCCAAAGAAGUUCCCGUUCUCUGAGUUUGUGCCGAAGGUUUACAGCCAGCUGAAGGAGUUCAUUUAUGCCUGCCUGAAGUUCUCUGAGGAUCUCCACCUCAGUUCUACAGAGAUUGAUGACAUGAUUCGCAAAUCAACAAACCUGCUGCUGGCCCGAACUCUGAGCAACUGCCUGCAGAACGUCAUCAAGAGGAGGAACGUGGGCCUGACUGAGCUGGUCCAGAUUAUUAUCAACACCACACAUUUGGAGCAGUCGUGCCGCUACCUGGAGGAGUUCAUCACAAACAUCACCAAUGUGCCACCAGAAACCGUCCAAGCCACCAAGCUGUAUGGCACCUCCACCUUCAAGGAUGCUCGGCACACUGCCGAGGAGGAAAUCUACACCAACCUGAACCAGAAAAUUGACCAGUUUCUGCAGCUGGCCGACUAUGACUGGAUGGCGGCACAGGGGAGCUGUGAACCCAGCGACUACCUGAGUGACCUCAUCGCUUUCCUCUACAGCACCUUCACAGUUUUUACACACCUCCCUGGUGCUGUGUAUGAACAUGCCGCCAUGCCGGGUAAAGUGGCCCAGACUGCUUGCAUGUCUGCCUGCAAGCACCUCUCCACAUCCCUGCUGCAGCUGCUGCUGGAGUCCGAGGUGAAGCAGAUCUCCAUGGGUGCCUUGCAGCAGUUCAACAUCGACGUCAAGGAGUGCGAGCGCUUUGCCAGAUCGGGGCCAGUGCCUGGGUUUCAGGGGGACACUUUGUUGUUGGCCUUCAUCGACUUGAGACAACUUCUGGACCUGUUCAUUCAGUGGGACUGGUCCACAUACCUGGCUGACUAUGGACGCCCCACCUGCAAGUACCUCCGUGUGAACCCCAACACAGCCCUGGCCCUGCUGGAGAAGAUGAAAGACACGAGCCGCAAAAACAACAUGUUUGCCCAGUUUCGCAAAAACGAGCGUGACAAGCAGAAGCUGAUCGACACUGUCGUCAAGCAGCUGAGGAGCCUCAUCAACGCCCACCACUAAUAAUUGACAAGAUUGGCUGCCUGGCUUGACAGGCCACACCCCUUUUCUCCCCAUCACCCCACCCCAGGCCAAGAUAUAUGCCAGAUCUCUCUGCUUAAUCAUGAAAACCCCUCCCAGUUAUUUCCUCAUGCCAGCUUCCUCUGCCAGACAUUGCAACUGUGCCAAGACAGUAGGAAUGCUGAUUGACUGUGCAGGUGUACCGGCAGCACCACAGACUUCACUUUCAAAGCUUAUGUUCGAUCCAAGCAGUACUUCAGUGGCCAAGCUUCAGCCGCACCUAUCUCACUUCCUCUCUCUCUCAGCACCUCAUAUACUCAUAAGGCCCAACAAAACAAAAAUAACAUAGUGCGUCCUGUUACGCUGUCUUCUAGGCCGUUGUGUGUUAUUGUCUGCUUCUGGGUUUGUAGCGAGGGUUCUCUUCAUCAUAGCACCAGGUCCACUGUUUACCUGCUGAAACACAAGCUUGGUACGAUAGUUAGAAGAAGGGUGGUGCUGUCCUGCCCUUUAUUAAAUUUGCUUCUGUCGCUGUGCAUCCAAGCAGUCAUCCUGAAAAUUGGUUGCGUGUUUGUUUUCUUGAUCAUAUUUGAUUUCUUGGAGAAGGUUGUUUGGCACUGAUAGGGCAGAAAACAGACUAGCCAUUUAGCGAUUAGAAUAUUUGUUGGCCCAUGAUCAGACAUUGAAAGACACCAACAGUUGUGACGCUAGCUGCUCAAUUACCACUUUCCUGGGUAGUUGUGACAGUAGUUUGGAAUAAAUAGGCCCAUCAGACUGACAAUAAUAUAAAAAAAGUUAGCAUGGACAAGCCUCAGGAAUUACGAGGCAGAUGGGUCUGGUGGUUUGUGCCAAGAAUGGAGAAGCUCAGCAGCUAAGUGGUUUGCUGUGUAGGUUCAGAGUCUCAGACUCAGUGCAGCUGUCCUGUUACAGUGGGCACUAACAUGCCCCCCUUACUGGAACCUAACAUGUUAGUUGAGCUGGAUAAACUGUUCAAAAAGUCCUUUGUCAGGACAAAAGGAAAUCAAUCUGACAGCACUGGAUAUACAGUACCAGAAAGAAAAGAAGACUGCUACUGACAAAAGAGAGUAGCAGAACCUGGCCAGAGUUCAACCAAUAAAGAAACACAUUCAGAGACGAAACAGGAAUAGGACAAGAAAAACAACCUGCAAUUCAGCCUCCUGUGGUUGAUGUCUGCAGGGUUCAGAACUGUCUAUGGGUUUAAGAACACUUUUAAUACCAACUGGCAGUUGUUGUGCCUUCCAGCUUUGGCAGGUGUGCUUCGUCUUUAAUGUAGAUUUGUGAAGAUUUUCAACACUGCUUUCUACUCCCAAAGCAAGCCAAUCAGACUGUGCCCAUGCAUCUUCCCUACAAAUGUAACAAACCCUGUUUCCCUCUUUCUCUGCCGUCAAUAGCUUUCCGUAUUGCCAGGCAGUUCCCUUCAGUGCUUGCUGUGCUACAGCAAUAGAGAUUUCUGUGGGUCCUGAAAAUUAGCUUCAGACGACUACUGUAAUGCAGCUAUAAGCAGCUUUUAAAGGAGGCAGGCAGCUCCAUCGUUUUCUGGAGAUGUAGGAAUUAUAUAGCAACCACAGCAAAAUCUAUUGCCUUCUGAUAACAUGUUGGUCAUUGCUGUGAAUUUAGGUGCAAUAGUAUAUUUUAGUGGAGUUUCUAUUAAUUUGAAAUGCAAUCUUAUGGGGAAAGGGAAAUGCCCCCUACAGGAAUGGGUAUGUAAGAGGUGUUGUUUUUUUUUUUUUUUUUUUUAAUAUAUAAGCAGUGUGGGUUUUUUGUCGGUGUUAUUGUUGUUCCAUAGGGAGUUGGUGUAAUAAAAGCCUAGAAUAGGCAGCCAAAAAAGGGAACUCCGUGCCUUGGUUACUCCUGCGUAUAGAGAUCUGGAUAUGGGGUUUCCGCAGAUAGGGUUUAGUUUUAAUUUCAGUUUUAAUUUAAAAGCUCCGUCAUACGGAGCAUGAGAGGCCACUGGAGAAUCCAAACGCCUAAUUUAAUACCAUCUUCAUUGGGCAGGUCAUGCACAUUUUUGCUGUAUUAAACUAAACCACUAAGUGCCCUGGGAAUUAUAAUGCUAAUGCUAAUGCUAAUACUAAUGCAAUUAAGACAGAAAUUGAGAUUUGUUAAUGUUACUCCUCAUUAAACGACUGACUCUUGCCAACGUGUGACCUACGACGGAGACUUCUGACUCUUCUGCUGGACUAUCUGCGACUGCAAACAUUUAUACUUGUAUGAGAUUGGGUGGCCGUUCUUCCUAAUAACAAAACGUUCCAAAGGGAGAGUUUAAAAACUACCAUAUAGUAAUGUGUACACCUCUGCGUUGACCCUUGCUGCAUGCUUAGAGCCAAACCUCUCUUAGGAGAGUCAGUUUUAUUUUACACAAAUAUGACAUGAUGAGAGCAGCAGUUCACAUUAGUAUUAUUAUUAUUAUUAUUAUAAUUAUUAUUAUUAUUAUUAUUAUUAUUAUUAUUAUUAUUAUUAUUUGGUUUUUUUUUGUUUCGUUUUGUUUUUUUGUUUUUUUUAACAUACUGCACAGCACUCCAGUCAUAUUUGUUUGGUCUGAUUGUGUAUUGGGUGAUAUAUACAGUGCUUUACAUUAGAAUUACCAUUAUUAUAACCAGGAGGUAAGCAGAAGCCAAUGAUAAUAGGCUACUGUUGUGUUUCAAUUGCAUUCUGACACUAACACCUCAAUACUUAUGACUGUUUGGUCUCCUUUCGGUUUAAUAUUUGGACAUGCAGUAAAUGCGCACACACUACAGACACUAUGAGGUGGUAGAGGCUGGAGUAUGUUUUAAAUACAGGUUCCAUAUACUAGGAUUUCUCACUGCUUCAUAAAAAUAACCAAUGUUAAAGGAGAAUACACUGUUUUUCUGUUUAAAUCCGGUUAUUUUAGUUAUUUGUGGGACACAUAUGUCCCUUGUACCUUAAGGGUUAAAAUCAGAACCUGGUUUCCUCAUAUUUAAUAUUGGGGUUACCUAAACAGAAAAUAGUGCUGCUUCAUUGGUGUUUGCCCUUUGGUUACGUUUGUAAAAUUGGACACCAAUUGUUAAUUUAAACGUCCCAAUGGGAAAUCCAAAGAGGAUUAAUAGGACAAACUGGAAUGGCAAAUAUGAAAAUGAUAUUGUUCAUCCAGAGACAGGGGACAGAUUACUGCUAGCAGGUAACUGAAAGCAUGUUUCUGUAACAAAAGCCAGGCAUUCCUUUAUGAAAUCUGCUAUAUCCAGUAAUCGCCGUCCGUUCUACAUUACACAUUAACCCUUGGUGUCUGUUUACAGCAUUCUGGCAUAGUUUGAAAUGUUGUGUGCUUUACUUCAUCAUCGCUUGUUGGCAGUCCAGUUUGUUUGUAAUACUAUCCAAAUCCUAUUUGCUGUAAGACAGUGUAUAUGUCUUCUUUCCAACAAGAGCCUGCAGUGACCUGUAUUCAGAAGGAAAUAUGAAUUUAGCAGAAUCUUGCACAGUAUAUAUAUGGUGUACCAUUAUUUGAUUCCACAGUGUUUGCUUCAGAUUACUGUGUAUCCAAAAAGAGGUUUUCAAUUGAUCCUGUCAGUUUAAUAAAUGUAAUAAAAAGGUGAGUGUCAGUUUUUUAACCCUUAAUGUGCCGGUAGCUUUCACAAAAAGCCAGCCAUUUUUUUGUUUUAUUAUUAUUAUUUUUUUUUUUUUCGUAGAUAUAUUUUGGUUAAAAAAAAAACAAAGAAAAAGAAAAAAUUCUUCAAGUAAAAGCAGCUCUGUUCAAUGACUUGCUCGUGGUUGCAUUAGAUUCAACCUUGAAAUCGUAAACCAAAUUACUGCUGGCAAACAGCCAUAUAUAAUACUUGUACUUAAAAUAUGGAUGAAAUUGGGAAAUAGAAUUUGCAGAUGCUUAACAGCUGAAAAAAAUGUGUGUAUAUAUAUAUAUAUAUAUAUAUUCAGGUUACUCUAAAAAAAGACAUCUAUUUGGCACUCCUAUUUCUGCUGGCUGAAAAAACCUUUCUGUUCUGCCAAUGACUUAAGUUGACAGCGGAUCAGCAGUAUUAAAAAAAAAAUUUGCAUUAAUGUGUCUCCCAAACAAGGAGCUGUACUUUUUAAUACACCAGUGAUCAUGUCUAAUUGUGCCAGUGGUUGUCAGUCACAUGCACCCAGGGUAAAGCACAACACUUCAGUAAGUCUAUGGGGUGAUUCGUACUAAGAUAAUUAGGAAUGAGCCACAGCACAGAUGGGUAUUUGUUUAUGGGUUUGUUAGGACUUCUUUAUCCAGAUGAAGACCACACGUGUCGACAAAGUACACCAAAAACAACACAUGUCUGUUACUUGAUAAAAAAAAAAAAAAAAAAUAUUAUAUAUAAAGCCUGCAUGGUGGUUCAGUGUACGUGUGUGUUGACACUUCUGUGCUGCCAUCUUGAGCCCCAGUGAGGCUUUACGUGUGACAAGAAUGCGCCAAGUUCUUAUGGCACCGAGGUCUGUAUCCCAGUGAGAGGGGUUUGAGCACUUACUGUUGUACCCCGUUCUGAUCUGUUUAUUACUGCAGUUUUGUUUAAAAGUGAACCUGCGGUUGUUGUGAUAUUUAUAUUGCUCUGUUUCUGUGCAUUACACAGCAGCUGUGCUGCCGCAGAGACAUUUAUAUUGGCUGUUGCAGAAAAUUGCAAACGUUUUUAAAACUUCAGGGCGCCUUAGUCUGAUCAAAAGGGACCUGGUAGCAGCAGGGGGGGGUUUGUGGCAGGAGCUUUUUAUUAACAACCGGUGCAACAAGACAGUAAUGCCAUCAGCAACUUCAAACAGCAGAAAAAUAAAAAGAUAACAACGAUAUUGUGAAUUCGUUUUAAAAGCAAACUUCAGUAAUAGUUGGGUUAGAAAGGCAUACAUUUGGUUCAAUUUCUUUACUUGGAGUUUCGUAAUCGUAAUCGUAAUCUCAUUACACCAAGUAGUCCAAUUAACUUGAUUGUAAAUUCAAGAUUAAAGAUCAACUCCAACAAUGCAAACUUAAGAACAGCGCUUUUCUGAGUGAACUGAACUGCUCUGCAAGGGUGAUUCAUAAACAACGCACCGAUAGGAAAUAGAAACAUGACAGAGCUGAUGUUCGAAUUGAGCCAUUGGCCUGGUGAUGCAUGGAGAUUUCAUAGCUACACUGGACAGUGCUGUUGUGGGACUUUGCUAUGUCCUGUCUGUACAGUCUUCAAGGAUGGCCUCUGCUGCACUUACCAGCACUGUCUGUGCCUCUGACCUGCACACAGGAACACUAAGACCACGUCGAAGACUGUCAACUUGUUAUCCGAAAGUGAAACGAAACAGAAAAUGUUCUCUCAUCAUUUUUUGUUCUGCGUAGCGUUGUUUAUGAAUUAGCCUGUAUACUGAACAGAGGUAUUAGAUAAUCUGGUAUAGUUAAUCUGUUGUCUACUUAAAUUCAGAGAAGCCUCGAGUGGCCAAAGGCAGUAAUGUCAGUGGUGAUGGUAGUACAAUAGGGUGAGGAAAUGAAACGCUGCAAAAAACAAAAUUAUUGCCCAUAAAUAAUGACUCUUACCCAGUGAGUGUAUUCAUUCUAUAACUUAGCCAAGUUUAUUGAAAUAUGUAUUGGUAGUUCAAAGCACAAUUUAUUUCAACAUGUAUAGAACACUGUGAUAUGGACAUCAUGGUACACAGCAAAGGUAAAGUAAUGUGUUUCAUUUGGCUGUGUAGGUAGUCUUGCAUGUCUGUGUGCUUGUAGCUAAGCUGUGGUCAGAAUUCUGCCUGAAAUCAUAUGGUUUUGCAGUUUCCUGGUGCAAUAUGAAUAACAUCUUCUGAUUGACAGACAGGCACGAUUAUUCAUAUUGCUCUUGGACGUUGCUGAGCCACACUGCAUUGGCUGUACUGCAGUGUUUCAGAGUGUAUGCAAACCUGUAGCUGGCUGCAUGGUGGAGGCUGGAUGCAGCUGCUGUAGUUGGAAGUCUUUAGCUGUCAUUUAGAAAUUAAGUGUUCCCAUAAGUGUGUCUCUUAAUCUUUUAAAGGGGUUGCUUAAACUGGAGUUCUGUUGUGUGUGUGUGUAGAAAAUUCCACACACAGUCAAGUAAGUGUUUGGCCAGCUUUAAUAAUUGCUGUUGUAAACACUAAACAAAAUUAGCUACUGUUUUAUAUACAUCCUAGUGAUUUUUUAUUUUUUAAAAAUUUUAUUUUUCAUUUGGAUAAUUAUUUUUUUUUUUAAUUAAAUGCUGAUUAAUAUUUAUUUGCAGCUGUCUGACCAAACACUGUUGAAAUAGAAACUUAUUAGCAAAGAUUACAAUUUCUAAAUAUUGAAUCUUCAUGAUAAUUUAAGUCGUUGAAGAUCUAAGUUGAAAUAUCUAAAAUAUGAUUUCCUUUUACACGAAACAAGUACAGGACACAUACACACAGAUAAAUGGGGGAGCUUUCUGUACAAUUUCUCUGCAAUUAGGUACCCGCUUCUACAGGGUGGUAUCGUUAGCGUGUUGUGACAACUCACAGUGAAAACAAAUCUCUUCCUUUACGUUGCUUCAGAUUUUAUUCAGAGCAUAACCUUGUUCUGCCAGCUUAGGAACAACUGAACCUUUGCCUAGCCCCUCAAUUCCACACCCUGUCUCUGCCAAUGGGGACGACAUACCUUUUGAAAACCAAGCCUGAACCAGCAAUGGGUAUCCAGGCCUCAGGACGGACUGUGUGUGCUGUGUGACUGAUCGCUUUCCCCUUGUAGCUCUCUGCGGCGCCAUUCUAAAAGGGCUUGUUGAACUGUAAACCAUGAGUUAACAAAACACUGUUUUCAACCAAGACACCAGGAAUGUUGCCAGUCGACACGCUUUAGACUACCUGCAGAAAAAGGAAGACUUAUCUGGCAAGACAAAGGACUGGAAUGUGUGUAUUAUUAUUUUAUUUUUUUGGUGCUUUCCAACUUUGACUAUAUAACUGUAAAUGUGUUAGUGUAUAACCCAGCAUAUGUUUGUAAUGUGUAACUCUGGACAGCUUUGUGGCUCCAAUAAUUAGGAUUCUCUCUCUCUCUCUCUCUCUCUCUCUCUCUCUCUCUCUCUCUCUCUCUCUCUCUCUCUCUCUCUCUCUCUCUCUCUCUCCCUCCUUUUUUUUUAACAAUAAUGUGGUGAAUUAGCUAUUUUGCACAAGGUUUUGCACAAUGUGUGUUGUGGUAGGGAGGGAAGAGACCUCUAUAGAUUGUAGGGAUUAAAAGGGAAUGUGUUCUUUCCUAACAGGCACAAGCAAAGCUACUGAGACAUUACACAAUUAAUAGGACAGGGGGUGGGUGGGGGAUGCAUGGGUGCAAAAAUAAAUCGGUGAAUAUAAAGGGCGGCCGGGACUGUGGUUUAGCAUGUUUUAGUAGACUGGUAUACUCAUAAUGUAAAAUUGUAUUAAUGCAACUUUUGAAAUAACAUGCUUCAAACUUC